GAAAGCAAGUCUCGACAACAAAUCCGUCCUCCACCCGGCACUCCUACCAGUAUUAUUCAGUCACCCCCAGACUUUGUGUGUCUCAACCUCCACAAUGGCACCCCGCACCGAUUUCCCUCCCGUCCGGGCCUGCCUGUUCGAUAUGGACGGCCUUCUCCUCGACACUGAGGAUAUUUAUACUCUCUGCGUCAACGAGCUUCUGCGGAAGCAUAAAAAGGAGAAGUUCCCAUUGCCUUGGAGCAUCAAGGCUCAGCUUCAAGGUCGCCCCGGUCCUGCGGCCCUUGACAUCUUCCACAACUGGGCCGAUCUGCCCAUCACUCGUGAGCAGUAUAAGGAGGAGUAUUAUGCUCUUCAAGCUCAGAAGUUCCAAUUUACCUCAGCUCUUCCCGGUGUCGAGGAGCUUCUACAGAAGCUUGGUAGCACCCGCUACUGGGAUCUAAAGGGGGAUGCGACCACCACCAACGGCGCCAUCCAGAAGCCCGCACAAAAGCCUCACCGCGUGCAUAUCGCUCUCGCCACCUCUUCUCACGAGGCGAACUUCCGUAUGAAGACCAACCAUCUGACCGAAUUGUUCUCGGUCUUCGAGACCCACCGUCGCGUUCUUGGUGACGAUAAGCGUAUCCCGCAGGGCCGCGGCAAGCCUCUUCCCGAUAUCUACCUAAUUGCCCUCAAGACAAUCAACGACUCGCUUCCUGAGGGCGAGAAGCCCAUCACUCCCGAGGAAUGCCUUGUCUUCGAAGACAGCAUUCCCGGCGUCGAGGCCGGUCGUCGUGCCGGCAUGCGCGUUGUGUGGUGCCCCCACCCCAUGCUCAAGCAAGAGGUGGAUAAGAAUGGCGACGUGAAGCUGGUUCUCGCUGGGCUUCUUAAUCAGGCCGAAAUUGAGACGAAGAAAGCUCAAGCCGACCUUAUCAACGGCACUGCCAAGGCCGACACCGAGAAGUCCGCUGAGGCGGACAACGAAAAGCCGGGCGAGAUCGAUGAUGGUUGGGCCGAUUACCUUCCUAGUCUGAUCGACUUCCCGUACGAGAAGUACGGCAUCCAUAUCCCAGACGAGGCGGUUGACCAGGAGCCCUCAAUGAAGGAGACCGCCAAGAUUGACGAGGGCGAAGUUCUUCAGGCCGUCCAGACCGAGGUCGUCGAGAACUGAGCACACUCGACAUGCUCACCAACCCCUCAUGUCACUUCACAUACCCAGCACGUUCAUUUCCUCGCAUGGGUUCUCAUAAUCACAAUUUUGGCUUUUAUUUCGUGGUGGCAGGCAGCAUGGCGAGUCACCGGACAACU